AUGCCCAGCCUCACCCUCCCCGAAAUCCCUCACUACGUUGCUGAUCCACCCACCCAGGAGUCACUUGACUUUGCCGACCUUGCCGUGAUCGACCUCUCAAAAAGUUGCACCCCUGAAGGGCGAGUAGCCUUGACGAGGGAGGUGCACGAUGCCCUGCGCAUCCAGGGUUUCUUCUAUGUCGUAAACCAUGGUUGGUCGAAAGCGCAGGUCGACCGCAUAUUCGACGUCGCCGAUCACUCCUUCACCAGCGUCGAACUCGAAGAGAAACGCAAGUUAGCCUUUCAGCCAGAACAGGGGUCGUACUUGGGAUACAAGCUGCCUCGCUAUUGGGAAAUCGAGUCGAAGCAUGGGACACUCGAUCAAGUGGAGCAUUACUCGAUCAACAAGGACAUGCACCAGCGCGCCCAUCCGGAGCCGCUACAACCUCUGCUGCCUGAAAUCGAGGCAUUCAUUGCGCAUAAUCAGAACAACAUCCUGUUGCCGCUUCUCAGAUUACUCGCAGCGAGCUUGGAGCUUCCCGAAAACACGUUCGCGGACAUGCACAAGAUGGAGGACUACUCGGAGUCAGCUACGCUUCUUGAAUACCCCAACCUCCCCUCCCCUAGCUAUCCCCGCUCCGAAGACGAAGAACAAAAGACCAAAAACGUCCGGCUGAAAGGGCACACCGACUACGGCAGCCUCACCCUCCUCUGGUCGCAGCCUGUCGGCGGGCUGCAGGUCCUCUCUUCGCACGACGGCAAAUGGCGCUGGGUCCGGCACAUCGACAACGCGCUCGUGAUCAACGGCGGCGACGCGCUCAACUUCUUCUCGGGCGGCUACUACACGUCCACGAUCCACCGCGUCGUACAGCCGCCCGCGGACCAGCGCGAGCGUGUCAGGCUCGGCGUGUUCUUCUUCUGCAUGCCGAGCGACGGCAUCAGGCUCGCGCCGCUGGGGGAGAGCCCGGUUCUUCGGCGUGAAGGACUGAAUAAACUGCCUGAGGGAGCGGUGAUUCCACUUGUCGAAGACUGGCGCAAGGGCCGCUCGAGCCAGUAUGGGCGCGUGACGCUGAAGCAGUCGAUGGAGGACGGCGUGGAGGAGGACGUUGUUGCCGGUGUUGUUGUCAGACAAUACAACUAG